AUGGUGGUGGGCGCGUUCCCUAUAGCGAAGCUGCUAUACCUGGGCAUUCGGCAGGUCAGCAAGCCGCUUGCUAACCGCAUUAAGGAGGCCGCCCGCCGAAGCGAGUUCUUCAAGACCUAUAUCUGCCUCCCGCCGGCUCAGCUGUACCACUGGGUGGAGAUGCGGACCAAGAUGCGCAUCAUGGGCUUCCGGGGCACAGUCAUCAAGCCGCUGAACGAGGACGCGGCCGCCGAGCUGGGUGCCGAGCUGCUGGGCGAGGCCACCAUCUUCGUCGUGGGUGGCGGCUGCCUGGUGCUGGAGUACUGGCGCCACCAGGCGCACCAGCGUCACAAGGAGGAGGAGCAGCGCGCCGCCUGGGACGCGAUGCAGGACGAGGUGGGCCGCCUGGCGCUGGCGCUGGAGGCCCUGCAGGCGCAGAUGCAGGCGGCGCCGGCGCGUAGCGCCCUGGAGGAGCUGCAAGAGCAGAUGCGAGAGGUGCGCGCCCAGCUCUGCGCCCGGGACCCGCCGCCCGCGUCCCAGGCCUCGUCCGCGUCCCAGGCGGUAUCCGCGGCCAAGGUACAGGAGUCUGCUCAAGUCUGAACUUGGCCGUGGUUGUGUGUGCCCCGAUGUGGCCUUCUCCCCGUACUACCCCCGCCUGCGCUGGCCCAGCGGAAGCCACCGGGAUCUUGAUGGAACUUGGAUUCAGUUAGCCUCUCCCUCCUGGUACCUUCCGCGGGGGCCAGCCCCCCGCCGGUGAAGCGGUCCCCCGAAGCGCCCUCCAAGCCCCAGCUCCUCGGUACAGACCACAGUGCUCAGCGCUCCACCCCAACCCCAAACCACCCGGACCUGUGCCGUCCCAGCCAGGAAGACAACAGGCUCACUCUUCUGGCAGGAGGAAAAACGGACUGGACUUGAGCUGAAUCAAGCUGUGAACCCACUCCAACCCCCAUUUCCGUGAUAAAUGUUACCCU